GGCGUCCUCGCUCCCGGUGUGUCGCCCCGCGUGCGCCUGAGUAGCCGAGGACGUCCCCGGCACCGGAAGUGACCCGGGCGGGUUUGUCUUCAAAUUCUCGGCGAGCAGAAGCAGCGCCGGCAGGUGGUGACGAUUGAACUGGCAGUACUGGGGCGGUGAGCAGAGAGCAAGGUGGGCUGCACUGGGCCCGGCCCUCCUUUCUCGCCGCCGGGACCUCCAUUCAGCCAAUCUCCUGUGCCUGGCGUUGGGCGGUUUUCCGAGGAGCUUGGGCCGCCGCAGACUAGGUGUCUCUAUAGGGCAUGGAUGGCUUCAGGGCAGAAGUAAUCAUACAAGAAUCAAGCUGUAAUCCCAGCUUAGAAGGGAUGAGCUGAGGAUCAAGGAAUGUGAACAUGCUGAGGGUCAGGAACUGGACAAGCUUACAACUGAACAUGAGUCUUCUUAUGAUUAGUGAGAAUGUCAAAUUGGCUCGUGAAUAUGCAUUGCUGGGAAACUAUGACUCUGCAAUGGUCUAUUAUCAGGGAGUUCUUGACCAAAUGAACAAGUAUCUGUACUCAGUCAAAGAUACAUACCUCCAGCAGAAAUGGCAACAGGUUUGGCAGGAAAUAAAUGUGGAAGCUAAACAUGUUAAAGAUAUCAUGAAAACACUAGAGAGCUUUAAACUAGACAGCACUCCCUUGAAAGCAGCACAGCAUGAAUUUCCAGCUUCUGAGGGAGAAGUAUGGUCCAUGCCUGUACCUGUUGAACGAAGACCCUCACCAGGACCUAGAAAACGACAGUCUUCUCAGUACAGUGACCCUAAAUCACAUGGUAAUCGUCCAAGUACAUCUGUCAGAAUUCAUCGUUCAUCUGCACAGAAUCUUCACAAUGACAGAGGGAAAGCUGUUCGUUGUCGUGAAAAGAAAGAACAGAAUAAAGGAAGAGAGGAAAAGAACAAAUCACCUGCUGCAGUAACAGAACCAGAGACAAAUAAAUUUGAUAGUACUGGAUAUGAUAAAGACUUAGUAGAAGCUUUGGAAAGAGAUAUAAUUUCCCAGAAUCCCAAUGUUCGAUGGGAUGAUAUCGCUGAUUUAGUAGAAGCUAAAAAGUUGCUUAAGGAAGCCGUGGUGUUACCAAUGUGGAUGCCUGAAUUCUUUAAGGGCAUUAGGAGACCAUGGAAGGGAGUGCUGAUGGUUGGCCCACCUGGCACGGGGAAGACGCUCCUUGCUAAAGCAGUAGCUACAGAAUGCAAGACAACAUUCUUCAAUGUCUCUUCAUCAACUCUGACUUCCAAAUACAGAGGAGAGUCUGAGAAGCUUGUUCGUCUUCUGUUUGAAAUGGCUCGAUUUUAUUCUCCAGCCACCAUAUUUAUUGAUGAGAUAGACUCCAUUUGCAGUCGCCGAGGGACUUCUGAAGAACAUGAAGCAAGCAGAAGGGUGAAAGCGGAGCUGCUGGUUCAAAUGGAUGGUGUUGGAGGUGCUUCUGAAAAUGAUGACCCCUCCAAAAUGGUUAUGGUUCUGGCAGCUACUAAUUUUCCCUGGGAUAUAGAUGAGGCUUUAAGACGACGUCUUGAGAAACGAAUCUAUAUUCCUUUGCCAUCAGCAAAAGGCAGGGAGGAGCUAUUACGAAUAAGUCUGCGUGAGCUGGAAUUGGCUGAUGAUGUUGACCUUGCAAGCAUAGCAGAAAACAUGGAAGGUUAUUCAGGUGCAGACAUUACCAACGUGUGCAGGGAUGCGUCCUUGAUGGCAAUGAGAAGGCGCAUUGAAGGUUUGACUCCAGAGGAAAUCCGAAAUCUUUCCAAAGAAGAAAUGCACAUGCCUACAACCAUGGAAGAUUUCGAAAUGGCUUUAAAAAAGGUUUCUAAGUCAGUGUCUGCUGCAGACAUUGAGAGAUACGAGAAGUGGAUAUUCGAGUUUGGAUCAUGCUAAAUUCUCACAUGUAAACUGUGAGAAAUGUGCCUUAUGUGUUUGAAUAGUAAUUAAAUGUAGUAAUUCAUUGCACUGAGUGCUAUAUUUUUUUAAACUUGCAUAAUAGUAAGAUUUUUUUAAACCCUUAUGAUUCUGAAUAAAGGCAAUAUUUUUAAGCUGAAAA